UAUAUAUGCCAACUAGGUAUAAUCUCACAAUUCAGUUGAUAUUUUAAUAAUGAUAGAUACUUAUUUUUUCAGUACUUUCUGGUAGUACUUACAAUGUUGCUUUGUGAAUGCGCCGGCGGUGUCAUUGCUGCUGUCUGGCCGCGAUGUCUCGGCCUGCAAAGCACGCGAGGUGGCGCAGUUGGUGCCCUACAAACGUACUAUGCUCUACCCGACUUCGAACAUUUUACUGCAGCUGUAGAUCUCGCACAAACUGAGUUGCAAUGUUGCGGUAUGACGGACGCUAGAAACUAUGACAUGUCGAUCUGGCAGUUAAGGCGCCUCGGGCCUCGGGGUAUGUCCGUCCCGCUCAGCUGUUGUGUACAAUACGAAGACAACGUAUCAUAUCUCAACCCUGCGCCAGUAAACGCAUCACGAUGCCAAGAAGUGCAAGCUAAUCCCACAUUUAGAUAUGUGCCUGGUUGCCUCGGACCUUUAGAAGACUGGUACCAACAGCAAUAUCUAAUUCUAAUGCUUGGUCUAUUCAUCGUGGCGCUAUUCAAGCUAGGAGUUCUACUUAGCACUGUAUUUUCCUGCAUACGACUCAAAAGACGCAAGCAAAUAAUGCAGGCUUUCUCCAUGAGAUCUUUGGACAAUAACACGAACGAAAAUAUUUAUGAAUGUAAACUUAGCACAGUACACGAAGAACCAAUCACUGCCAAAUACAUCCAGCCCAAUAAUUUUUACAGCCCCAGAUUACGAAACCCUAGAAUUUUCGACAAUAAACCGAAUGAGGUCGUAUGAGAAUUAGCUACGGAGAUAAAUGCUUUAGAGAAGAAGUUGGAGAGGUUUUCAGAUUAUUUGUACAAGCAUCAAGCUGACUCUAUCAUGUGGUGAUCAGACCGUCAGCUCAGCAAACAGGACCUGCCCAGCUUUUAGCGUAAUAAAUGUAAGUUUUUGACUCUCAAAAAAAUUUAAUACGAAGUAUGUGCCAUAAAUCUAAUAUUCUCAAACAUUUACUACUUAAUAAGAGCAAAGGUCCCGCAAAAUUUCUAUUGUUCUCUAAAGUACUUACUCCGGCUUUACGUUGGUACAUAUGUGUUCGAUUAGUUUAAUAAUUAGGAUUAAAAAUAAAUAAAACACAUUCACUCAAUAUGCAAUAUUAUUUUCAAAAGAACGUUCAAAAAUUGGUCCUAAAUUUAAAACAUUAUUAACAAUGGCUCUGGAAUGUUGCUAUCAUUCACAAUAGUUGGUUUUACAGCUGUAAACUAUUUCAGAGAGCUAACCUUCAUCGAUUGGAUUGUUUAUACAUGAUUUUAUUAACUUCAUACCCAUUGCUGGUAUACAUUGAUCAAAAAUUCCUAAAGUUGUUUAACAACAGUUUUGUAUUUACACUACUACGAAAUAACGAAAUGGGUGAUUUGCAUUCUCAAAUACGAAAAAAAUAUAUAAAAAGAAAAUGCACUUUACAAAGAAUAUGCUACACAUUCGAUGAAAAAGUAAAUAAUAAUGAAACCAACAAAUUAUUAAUUCCAGAAUCUCUCAAAACCCCAAACUAAAAUGAUACCAUGAGAUCCUUAACAAUAACAAUAAUCUAUGUAUAAUAAUUGAUACUAUUUAUAAUCUAUUGACCGUUGAGACCGACAUCACAGUAUAAUCUACAAUCAUCUUAGGUACAGGAAUGAUCUUACUAUAUUCUUACUCCAUAAAAUUUACAUUUUGCACUAUUUUGAUAAAUCGAGCUGUCCCCAAUUUAGAGAAAUCAACAUAAUAUGCUUAGCAACGAAAGUUCAAAGACAAAAGCUGAAAGAACAAAACCAAUGAAAUAAGGAAGCCGCACAUUGGCUAUGUUUUAGCUGAAGACGAUGUAAAAAAAGUUGGAAGUUGUGUAAAGCGAGAAGCGAGUUGAUCAGCCGGUAAGUGUGGCAACACGCAGUACCAACCAACGUUAACAGGCGGAAGUUGGAAAUAUUUGUUGUGUACUACGAUGUUGCCACGCUUCAUAUACAACUUAUAGUUUCCCAACUAAGAGUUAUAAUAAGUUAAAAGCCGCCAAUUAUCUAUCAAACUGCCAUUCCGCAUAGAAACAGUUGUCAUGGGCUGAUCGCCUCGUAUAAAAUUAUGUUUAGGUAAUAAUUAUAUUUACUAUGUCAAAACAUAGCUGUCUGUCUAUUGCCCCAUAUAUUUAAUUUAAUAUUUUCAUAAAUAAAUUCAUUAACGUAAAUAAAAAUAUUGUCUUUUGUGCUUUUUACCUUAUAAACUACAAUAAAAUUUGCAAUAAAUAUACAUUAGCCUACUCUGCAGCUAAAUAAUAAUUAUCAUAAGAAGAAUAAGAAUGUCAGUUUCAUGGAUACUCUGAGACUGUCGGUAGUAUAUUUAGCUUACAAUUAAUAUUACAAACAUUUAAAAUUAAAAUAUUUACAAAGGAAUUAUUAACAAUAGUAAAACCUAUAAACACUACGAAAUUGAUAUUUUUCAUAAUAAAUAUAGUCUACAAAACAAUGUGGUCCAAAAUGUAAAGAGGCGCUUACUUGUCGGUUGCUUACGAUAUACUCGUAAGCGGGUUCUACUGACCAUACUCCACUCUGGCCAUGUUAAAUUCCUGUGUAAUAACUUUGGUCAUCAUUUGUUCCAUAUUGGUCGUACAUUUGUAUUUUAGAAGAUAUAUUAAACACAUUAUGUAGACAAAACCCGAAUAUGAUAAGUCUAAUUGACUUUCAAUUGCGUCAAUUAGUAAAUUACAUUAGUCUAGAACGCACACUUACAGCUGUGCAAAAGAUAUAAUUUAAAGGAUGUCGUUUAAGAAGGAGUUGUCUAAGGAGUUUAGUAGCUCCUGAGCGGUGAGAUUGCUAGCGUCCGUGGAAGGCAUGUUGUCGAGGAAGUCAAGGUUGAAGUCUGUAGUUUGUCCGGUGAAGGAAGACGUGUUAUGGAGCGAUGGGAACGAGUGCUGCGCCACGUUCCCGUUCUGACUCUGCAUGGCGCCAUUCUGAGACAUCAUGGAGUUCUGCUGCAUCGGGUUGCUCUGCGCGUGCAUUGGUCCUUGGCCUUGCAUCGGCCCGUUCUGCAUAGGGCUGCCCUGAUGUCCCAUGCCCAUGCCACUUUGUUGCAUAGACAUGCUCUGAGAUUGGCUCAUGUGGAUAUUUGGCAUCUGU